AUGGUUCAACUCACAGAAGUCACCGAUGAGGAGUUCAUGCGCGAGCAGGAAGGUCCCGUUGACGACGAGGACUGGGACACGGACUCGGAUUCCGAUACUUCGUCCGUCCACUCGGUGCAGCCCGAUGAGACGUUUUUCGAGCGCCUUUCUGCGCUGCAAGAUAUGAUUCCCGCCAGCACACGGCGCUCCGUCUCUUCAAAAGCAAACACAAUCUCGUCGUGGUUCAAGAGCGGCCUGAGCAUGGGCGGCAAGACGCUGUGGGUCGUGAGCACCAGUGCGCUGCUGUUGGGCGUGCCGUGGGCUUUGGCGUACAGCGAGGAGCAGAUGAUUGUUGAGCAAGAAAGGGCUGAGUUGCAGGCGCAGCGCGCGCAGAAUGAGUUCAUGGCUCCUGGUGCGCCACUCCCAGGCCAGCCGCAGGGCGCAAAGCCGGCUUUGUAA